AUGAUUAGAUCAUUGGUAAAUAUUUACAAGACUCCAAUCAAGUCUGUAUCCACCUUCAGCAGAGUAGCACCUGUUACGUCUUAUUUGGCGUCUAUCAGAAGUAAUAUUCCUAUAAAUAACCAGUUCAGUCUUUUGAACCAACAAAAAAGAUAUGCCACGUUAAACCAAAUAAAGAGUGGUAGACAUGGAAAACCUGUCAAGCCAUACGUUUCCAAAGCACCACAUUUGGAUACAAACCCAUUUAAAAAAGGGGUUGUUUUGCGUGUUAUGAUUGUGAAGCCAAAGAAACCAAAUUCAGCACAAAGAAAGUGUUGUCGUGUAAGAUUAUCAAACGGUAACGUUAUUUCGUGUUUAAUUCCAGGAGAAGGACAUAAUUUACAAGAGCAUCAUGUUGUGUUAGUGAGAGGAGGAAGAGUGCAAGAUUUGCCAGGUGUGAAAUAUCGUUUGGUGAGAGGAGCAUUUGAUUUAGCAGGUGUGGCUAACAGAACUACGUCGAGAUCAAAAUACGGUGUUAAGAAGCCCAAGGAUAGUUAG